AUGCUGCGACCACACGAGCUGUCUGACGAAUCGGCUGCGUUUCUCUGCGGGCAACUCUUCUCCGCCGCGGACAUCUCCUACAAGCGCUGCCGUACGCUCGUGCAGUACCUGCUGUUCCCCAAGGGGCUCGAAAGAUCGGUCUCUCGCGCGCUGUCCACGGCUAUCAGCAGCGUGGCGAAGCAGCACCCGUCUCCCCUCACCGAUGCGCUCCUGCUCCCGCUGGUCUUGGCGCCGGCACUCGGCGUGCCACAGAGCGACGUCAUCAAUCGCGUGCUGAAGGAGUGCUUUGACCUCAACUCCGUGCUUCAGUUUUUCAAAGCGUUCCUCGGCUCGUGCGAGAGCGGGGAGGACGAGUCGUUCUCGAUGUCGCAGUCGCAGUCGCAGUCGCAAGACGCCGGAUUUGGUGUGACGUGGACGGAGAACACGGUCGUGGUGCUGCAGGCGGUGGUGGACAUGCGGGGCAUGGUCCUGCCCGCGGACGCGUUCGAGCUGCUUCUCGUGCAGCUCGACCGACACGCGGCCUACUUCGCCGCCAGCCUCAAGUUCUCCGCGCUCAUGAUGUCCCUCAUCACCAAACACAGCAACCAGCGUGGUGUGUUCAUUUGGAGUUGCGUUGAGAGGAGACGGUGA